UGCCACUGCUUCAUAUUUCUGCGUGGCCGACUAACAUUGUACAGCAAGAUCGUCUUUGGCCACAGACCUCAGAGACAGAAAUUCCCUACGUUGAGUUAACGCAGUAUUCACUUCCUGAUCCCCGUCGAUAUGCUGCCUUUGUUCCAGUGUUCUAUACUGAGAUUCCUCACAACACUGAAAAUUUCCUUGAGCUCGGGGACGUCACCUUAAAAAACGACGCCUUUCACUAUAUCGGCGCUACGUGCUACUCCUUGUCUGGUAUGGAAGUCUGGAUGCGUGGCGAGAGUCUGGAUAUGGCUCUUGAAGUACUCCGCCGUGAUGAAGAUUGCGACACUUACGGUAUCGACAUUGCCAAUUCCACUGUGGCCCAGAUCUGCUGUUUCGCCUCAAACGGUAUAGAUGGCCCUUCAGGAGAAUACGACCAGUAUAGGACACGUUACAACAACAAGAACUGGAUCAUCGUUAUUUGCAACGAUGGCAUGGGUGGUAUCGAGAACGAUGGAACCAGCGGAUCACAUUGGUCUAUGGUGGCCAUGGACAGGAUCUCGAAGAAUGCGUACUACUACGACUCGUUGUGGGUUGAUCGGCACGAAUACCAGACCUUGGGUCACAACAUCUCCCUCGGUAUGCUCAACAUCCUCGGCGAAGACAUUUCUCUAUGGACCUACCUCAUACAGCUCGAGUGCCCCGAUCAGAACUUUGACAACUUGUUCAAACAGGAUGGAGGUGCCUGCGGACCCUUUGUGUACAAGAUGACGCAAAUCGCAAUUCCAUUCGGGUGUUGUCCGCCGCGAGAUGCAGGACAGUAUCCUUCGUUGGCACCAUAUCACCCGAGCCGCGGCGUUCGCAGACCGUCACGACUACCAGGCUAUCCAAGAUACAGAUGCUAUUCUGGAUGACGGGCCAGUCG